CUCAGUGUGUGCCAGCUGUUGGUCUGUGAAAGGGAGGCCCAGACGCUGUUCCGCUGCUGCUCUGCUCCUUCUGCACCACUCCUACUCCUUUCCCUCCCGCUGUCGCUCUUGCGGGGCGCGCGUCCGCCGGAACUCCGUCGGCAGGUUCCUCACUAGCAAGCGGGUCCUCGAGGAAUCAAGCAGUGCUUUCACACACACACACCCUUUUCCCUUCCGAUAUCCUCGCCCGGCCUUCUUCGCGAGAAAACAAAACGCUAAUAAAACAAAAAAGAGUCAUAGGCCUACAAGCAAGUCCCCAGCCACACUAAAGACAUCAGCCAUGCAGCCGGAAACAUACACAAACGACGGGCUGAGCAUGCCUUUGAAGAACCGGAAGGGGAAGGUGGAGAAGCCUCGCCCUCUCAAGAUCUGUACUUUGGGAGACCAGUCUAUGGAAAAUGUCCUCUCAGACAUGGACUUGGCCGCCCAGUACCUCAACUCAAGCACCUAUGACCGUAGCGUCUACCCCACCAUCGCAGCCCUGUGUGAAAACCUCAAGAUGUUUGGGCCACAGCUCGAAAACGUGUACAAAGACCAGCUAGACAAGUGCUACAUAUCUCUGCGGAACGGGUGCAGGGACGACCGGCUCAACCUUGCCGCAAGAUACCGUCUCCUGGAAGUGAUCGAGCUGAGGGCCAUGCACUGGCAGCCCAACGAGAAUCUCAUCAAUUAUUACAAGCAGAAACUGGUGCAGAUUGAGGCUGAGGAAGCUGCCUUGGAAGACCAACAGAGCGACCUCUCUGGCCAGACCACCCCAAGCUCCAUCAUGACCCCCACCAGCACACCACAGAUGAUGAUCCCCGGGCUGCAGCCGUACCAGCAGCCCAUCUACAACCAGCAGCAACAGCAGCAACAACCCGCACAGCACCCACCCACACCAACACUUCUGGGGCCGGGGGAGAUCAUCAGGAACUCGGGGAAGUUUGCCAAGCCCACCAGGAUCCCCGGCAAGAACUACUGCAAAGAUGAGGUCGUGAUUCGCAAUGCUGAUUCGGGGAAAGUUAUGGGGAUAAAAGGAAGAAGGGUGCACAUGAUCGAGGAGCUAUCGGAGACCAUCAUUUCAUUCCAGAGAGUGGCCCCUGGUGCUAGAGAACGUCUGGUACAAAUCACUGGACCUGCUGAGGAAAACAUUAACCAAGCCAAGCACCUGAUAGAGGAGACAAUUAGACGCAACGCAUCUCCAGUGCGCGGGGACGAACGUGGCUCCAUUUUCAGCAGCAUGGGAGGGUCAUCGUCUUCUAUUUCAUCUCACACCUCGGAUGAAACUCUACAGGUACUGAGGAAACAACUCUCGCUUGAUGAAAUGGCAUUCAGUUCUCGACAUACAGGCUCCAAAAGAAAUACACUAGUCCACAGCCAGUCGAUAGGAGACGAACCCAUUGGGGAGUACCGCUACACAGUGACCCACGGCUCGGAUGCCUUGAGAAUCACAGGCAACAACCUGCAUCUGGUCAGGACAGCAAAACUGGUGCUUGAUGAAUUCUUCAAUGGAGAAAGGAAUCUGAACAACAUUGCUCUCCUUUUGGGAACAGACACUCCAAGUGACCCAGCUGUAGAAUCCCCGACAACAACAGCCAUGACAGGCUACCCUGGCCGCCAGCCUUCGUCUCCCGUACAGACCCCAACGGACCUUGACCCAACAUCAGAUUCCAUCAAAGGCGUGGUAACUGUGGUGCGGCAGCCGCUCUUCCCCUCAUCAUCAAAGGAGGCCAUAGAAAGUGCAGAAACUGGAAACGAUCCAGGAGACGUGAGCUCAAAGAACCGCCGUGCACUGUUCCAGAAGACAAGUGAAGACCGUGCUACAAAUGGGGAUGACACGCCCUCCACUCCCGGUCCCGCCACAUGUCCCGCUCCCGACGCCGCCGCGCCGGAACCCGCUCCUGCCGUUCCCGCUCGCCGCACCUACACCCGGGACUUCCUUGUGAAGUGUGCCGCCUCUCCCCUAAGCCGCCUCACCCCAAACAACUGGUCGCAAGUGGUGCGGCAGUCGCCCUUGGUCCUCAAGAAGAGCUGGCAGUAUCAGGCAGGUGUGGUAGCGACACUGAAUGAACAGGGAGACGCAGCCCUCAAUGCCAUGCCUACAUACCUCCAGGCAAGCGACCUGGAGGAUGCGGCAGCCUUGGCCAAGAGGGAACUGCGCUGGACCCUGGUCAGAACAAUGUCCACCACUGAGGAAGAUGAUAAUGGAAACAACAGCACCUCUUAGAAGAAUGGUUGUGACGUUUGUAUAUUAAAUAACAGUGGAAGGAAUUUUAUGAUGUGUUAUUAUUACUAAGUGUUUUUGUAAACAGAUAUAUAUGUAUACACUUAAGGUUUAUCAUGUGAAAUUGUCUUUUUGAUAUAUGUUUCUUUGUCUCUUUGUGUCAUUUGACUUGAUGUCAAAUGCAAUUUUGUUUUUUUUACUGAUCUGUUGAUGUUAGAUAUGUAUUGUAACAGAACUUGCCUUUUGUUUUUUAUUCAGUAAUGUACACAAAUGAUCUAAAAUUAAGCUACAUUAUCAAGCCAGAUGUGUAACACACCACUAUAGUCAAUAUAUACCACAGGUUGAGAAUCUGAGUAUAAAAUAAAACAAUGUGAAAUUCUAUGAAUUGUAAACCCUUAAAAAAUUACCUUCUGCAUAUUCACCACAAAUAAAAACAGCCAUAACAGAUCGUCAUUGGCUGGUUUUCCCCUUGAAUCUCAUGUGUCUGGGCAAUGAAAAGGUUCAGGGAUCCAAUUCAAAGCCUAGUCACAUACUCAGUAUUUCAUAGCUAUUUAUGAGGGAUUUAUAUAAAGUAUAUAUAUUUAUAUCAUGUCCUUUUUUCUGUUUGGUGGAUCUGUUGAAGCUAAUAGGAACUGGGAAUGGCUGAUUAUGUAUGAUAAAUGAGGGGCUGUUUGUGUAUGGUAAAUAAGAUAUUUUUUUGUUACAAAAUUAGUAUAACAUGUACUGAAACCCAAUAAUAAAUGCUCUUGCAAACUUCCAGCAUUAUGGUUGAUAAUAUUUAUUGACGCAUUGGGUUUAUAGCUUAAGGAUAUUUGAUACAUUUGUUUUAAUGGCGACAAACGUGAUGUUUUUAGAAGCAUAUUCGCCACUAGAAUGAGUUUUUUCUGUAGAAGUUAUACAGUGUAAUGAGUUUCCUUUUUAUUAUUGUCUACAAAAAGAUGUGAAUAACAUCAAUAGAUUUUUAGUUGCUAUGGAUAUGAAAAUCAUAUAUUUAUAUAUACAUAUUUUUCAUAUUCAUGGAGGUAUUUAAAGUUUUUGCAAAAUACAAAGUAGAUGCAUUGGUUCUCGUGUGAACACAAUUUGAUAAGAUUAUACAAAAAUGUGCCUUUUGUAUUCUAUAAGAAUUUUCUUUUUUUUUUCUUUUUUUUUCAAUGAAGAAAAAUUAGUGAAAUCUUCAUGUCUUUAGAUCAAAUGAUGUAACUUUCUGUCAUUAGAAAUUAGUGAUAGUAGUGAGUCGACUAUUAAUGUUUAGAAAAGAAGAAUGUUUCCUAAUGCUUAUACCUUUAGUAUUCUUUUUUUGUUGUUUAAUUUUGUUAUUUAGAAACCCCAUUCUUGUUGAUUUCUUUUGUUGAUUUGUCUUAUUUUAUUCUACUAUAUAGAAGAGAGAAAUUCUCUAUUGCUCUCUUUCUCUUUUUAAUUUAUCACUAAAGAAAAAAAUAUGCAUUUUUCGUGUAUUAAUUCUCUUGGGUCGAAGGUGUUUAUUCUAGUCUCUUCAGAAGAACUUGUUUAUUUUUGUUAAAACCUUUUUUUGUAGUUUGUUAUUUGUUAUUAGUAGGAAUGCUCCCAUAUUCACUAUACUUUAUAAUCGACAACGAAUAAAGGAUAAGUUACUAUC